GAUAUAUAUUAGCCACAAUUCACUUUAGGAAUAAUGAGUGGGUUGAAAAUGUAGCUUUUAAUUUUGAUCUUAAUGAAUAUAACAUUUGCUAAAUCAGAGUUUGAGUAUGAACGAGUUAAAUUUUAAGCUGUCUCUAUUUUGUACAGGCGUUUAUAGUUAGAAAAAGUUUUUUGAACUAGUUGAAGACCAGUGACUGCGUAGCCUGUUCAAAAUUGUGCUCGGGGGGGGGAUAACACACCAAAAUACAAAUAAAUGCUUGUUCAUAAAGAAAAUGAGGAGGACGUACCCCCCUGCUCUGCGGUCGCUAAGAGAUUGCUCCAACUUUACAAUUUGUAUCUUCCUCCUUUUUUAGUCAAUUUUUCAACAGUCACAUUAACAUUUUGUCAUUUAGAAAAAUACAGUUUGUAUGAAAUCAAAGUGAGUGCAUCGACAAGAAUAGGAGAAAGUGAAAAUUCUACAAAUGAAUAUCGAACUAAUGAAGAUGUUCCUGGUGUUCCAAGCAAUGUUUCAUGCGGGCAGUUGGCAAAGAAGUCAUUAAAUGUCAGUUGGAAAGAACCUUUAGAUUCAAAUGGAAAAGUUCGUCUGUAUAAACUUACUUGGAUGAAAUUAAGAAACAGAAAUGCUGAUGAGUUGAUUACAUUUGGUGAAAGACAGUCUUAUGAAACACCAAACACAAGUAAAGCAGAUAUUGGUGAUAAUCGUUUGGAACCAUUUACAAUUUAUCGCGUAAGUGUUGCUGCUCAGACGCUAGAAAGUGUAGGUUUUGGUAAAGAAGAAAACAUAUCUUGUAGCACAGCUGAAGAUGUCCCAAAUGACGCUCCUAAAUUAAUAAAUGCCUAUCACUUGGGGCCGUACAGUGCUAGAGUGACAUGGGAACCAUUGAAUAACCUGAAUUGGCAAGCUGCCAGUAUCCAGUAUGUUGUGACGUAUCAAUUGAUGGGUGAUAAUGAAAGAACAACUGUUCUUGCUAAACCUGACAUGCUCCAUGGAGACUUGAAUGGUUUGAAUCCUAAUUCAACUUAUACUGUGACUGUUUUGGCGAGAAACAGCGUUGGUGAUGGUAUAGAAAGUAAUCAAUGGAGUUUAUGACAAAUUUGUCUUUUACUUUUAAGGAAUAACAUCAACUACGAUUCCGUUUACCUUGGAAAAAUAUCAGGACAAAAAUGUCGCAAUCUACCAAAUCAUUGUUUUGGAAUUGAUUGAAAACCUCAGACUUCCUGAUACAGAUAUAAUCGUGACAAGGUAUUAUGUUAACCGAACAGCUGGUGAACCUUACAUAACUGCAGAGUUCCCAUCAUCGGAAUUUGAUAUGUAUAAAGACUUUGUUGUUGGUCAAGGAAACUCUUUCACGAGUGCAAAA